AUGAAUGAACACAGCGUUGAUGAAACAAACAAUGCACAAGAACAAAAGGAACAUGAAGUAGAAGAUCCGGAGCUGCGUAGGCUUCUUGUACCGAACCCAGAAGACCUUCCUCUCACUCCUCCCUCUUCCGUUGAAGCUAACUUCGUCUCUUAUUUCGCUCCAGAUUUUACGAAGCCAGGACACGACCAAUACAUUUAUCGCCACGCCAAUGGGUUGUGUGUGAUUGGAUUGGCUCCAACCCAUGUGGCAUUUAAGGACGAAGGGGGAAUCACUGCCAUUGAUUUCAAUGUUGGGAAAUCUGAUCGCAGUGGGAUUAAGGUUACUGGAAAGCGCAAGAAGAAUGCACAACACUUGGAGUCCAACUCAGCCUUGUGUAAAGUUUGCAGCAAGGAUGCUACUUAUGUUGUGAGGUAG